AUGACUCGUGAAAUACCUGGUUUCUAUUAUGACCCGGAGAAGAAGAAGUACUUCAAGAUCCAAGCCAACCAUGUUGCACCCCCAAAUGCACAAUACUCGCAGCAGUCCGUGAAGCGAAAGCGGUCUGAGCUAGCGACACAUGAAAACAAAACACGGUUCAGACAACGUGAGAAUAAAGAGAUGAUCCGAAAAGCGCCAUCGUUGAGACAUCCCUUGGUCAAUCUCCAAAGAGAGAUUGGAGCCAUUGAAUCUUUCUCCCGUGCGAGACAAGAACAGCAGGCUCGCAUUCAGGCCAGCCAACUACACCGUGGAGAACUCCAUCGUUUCGAGCCAUGGCCUAGCUCGUACAGUAUCCGAUAUGUCUUGCGCAACCCACGUUCUGGGACAUUGAUUGCCGAGAGUAGGGUCUGUUUUCCUGAUAUCGACGAGUCACAGUGGAGCUAUGAUCACACCAUGGAACGGGUGCUAUUCAGGGAGCCGUAUUCGUUAGGAUCGAUGUCUUUGAGCCACUCAGGAUACCUACUUGCAACAAUGAACGAAGGACCGCAAGGUGACUGCUUCCUUUCGGCUCAUCUCCUCCCAGAGCCCGACGAAGGUGGCAACUACCGCUGGCCAACAUGUACGACUCCAUAUGUAUCUCUAUCCCUAGACACCGCGCUUACCCAAGACCUUGCAGUCUCUCACCCGAUUCGGAUCAGACCCCAUUACCCGAUGUCCUUCUGGUGCUCCGCGGCCCAGCCCGCAGGGUCAAGCGCCUACUUCGCCAUAGGAACUUCAGAAGGGCUACACACCCUAGAGGGUACCAGUAGCCAUUGGACCCUAUCGAAGAAGCCAUUUAAGGGCAAUAUACUUCCAACACGCACCAGAGCACCCCCCAAGUACAGCAGCCAACGCAGCGUGCAUGCCGUGGAAUGGAUGUCGCAGGACGUGAUUGCGGCGGGACAGAAAAACUCCAACAUCUUCCUCCACGACAUGCGCAGUGGUGGCAGUGCCACACGUCUCCGACACAACGAUGCUGUGAUGGAAAUGAAGCAGAUGGACGAGUACCGGCUCGUGGCGGCGGGACCUAGCUCGCUACGAAUGUACGACCUCCGCUUCGCGCCAAAAAUGCUUGAACGUCAUGAUUUCUCAAAGCCCUACCUAACUUUCCCCGAAUCCUCUUCACUACCGUUCCCAACCUUCGAUCUGAGCACCGAGCUCGGUCUCCUGGCUAGUCCAUCCCAGGACUGCAAAAUCCAGCUCUUCUCUCUCCAAACCGGAAUGCAGGUGUCCUCCCCUCUCACAGGGCAUCAAUAUUCUUCACCACCUAGCUGUGUACGAUUCGAGUAUGGGAAUGAUACGCCGGAGUGGCGGGGCCCGCAUGGACCGAGUUUGUUGGUUGGCACGGAUGAUGUGGUCGAGCAAUGGACCUGGUAG